UGGUGUUACGAUUAUUUUAACGUAUUUUAUAAUUAAAUGACUACAAAUUCAUGUACAUAUUUCUGAUUUCAGCUCCAGUAAAAGUUCUAAUAAGUAUGGGCUAAGUAUUACGUUAAAUUACCUACUACAGUAAAAUUGUUAUUGGAAACGACUGCUUGAACGUAUUAUCGCUUUCAUUACUCCGAGGUUAAAAGGUCACGUACAUAUCUUUAUUUAAUUGGGUAAAUUAACCACAGUUGCCAGUAAUAUAGUGGACUUAUUUGCGACGAAUAUUUGUGAUUAUAAUGAAGCGAUUCAAUUUAUUAUUUUGUCUCUGUCUUAUUUUUUGCUGUGCAUUAUCGAAUGCAGGGCUCUUAAGAGAUAUCGCCGAAUCACUACAUGAAAAAUCUCACAAAAUAAGAGAUGAUAUAAGAGGAGUGUUACAUCCGAACAAGGAAGGCCCGCGCAACGAAAUAACUACCAGCACAACUUCGGCUGCACCACAACCAGAAGUAAAUACAAUUGAAAAAGUGUCUACAAGUGAAAUGCCAAUUGUUUUUCCAAAUACAGAUACAGAAACAAUCAAAUAUAGUACUGUGAAAUCAGAUGUUAUAGAAUCUCCUUCGACUGUUGUAUCUAUUAGCACAACGGAAAAAAAAGACGGUCGUGAAAACUUUGGGGGUGGGUGUUCCACGGGAUUCAAGAGAACUGCUGAUGGAAGGUGCUUACCGACUUUUUAAUAACUUGUUAAUGCUAAACAAACUGAUGUCUUGUUAAUAAUAAACAAUAAGAUAAUAUGGUCUAUUUUAAUAUCUGCAUAUAUUCCAGUAUUUGAAACAUGUUAUCCUCAAAAACUUUAUGCAAAAAUACUACCUUCUGGCUAUCUCUGCAUAUUUUUGCAACUUACCUACUACUUCCUAGUUAUUAUACAUGUAUAUUUUUUUAUCUGUACAAAUAAAAAAAACAAUAAAUUAAAGUUUCUAACGUUCCAUGUCUGUAAGAGGUAAUAUUUGUAAGUAUCUAUUAAACCGAUCAUAAAUGUUCUCUCACUAGCAGUAGGCUACACUGUUCAGAGAUAAUAUAGGUAAUUUUGUAACCUCUGUUCAAUCUGGGCAAAGCCGGGGCAAACGAUUAGUCUUCCAUAUACAGGAACCGAUUUUGUUAGUACAUUGUUUCUUUCUACCAAGGUCGCUUUUGAUUUAUAUAUGACUUUUAUAACACUUAUUACUAAGUUAUACAUUAUAUUUUACAAAGAAACAACAUUAAGCCAAUCAUAUAUCUAUCUAUAUAAUUUUAUUUUCUACAUACUUACAUUUAUUUUUGUGUAGAAAGGAAAAGAUUUUGCAUUUGCGCUCAUUUAGUUUUUGAUUUACUUGAGUAUUUUUAUUCCCUUAAUUAGGCUGGUUAGGUUAACUGUAUUAAUGUAAAGAACUUAUGUCAAUAGAUAUGGAUUGAAGCAGUUAAUAUAAAACAUGGAAACAGUAUUUGUAGGCCAUACGACUGUUGCCUUGUUACUACUCCUUUUCUGACUCUCUUUUGAAUUUCGUUUGAAAAUAAGAAAAAAUAAACAUUUCAUAAAAUCAAAAUGUAUGCUAUAUGCAAAAUUGGGCUAGCUAUAAAUUGAGAUAGAGAGAUUGGAGAAAUAUUGAAUCAUUUAAUUUGUAUUAGCAUAAAGUGGAUAACUAUUCUGAAAUCUGAAUGCAUGGCCUGGUUUUCGAUGCUCUCACACACUGGAACUUACAUGGAGAGUUGAUAACAGUUAAAAUGGAUGUAAAACAUUUCUGAGUUAUAAAUUAACGGUAAGUGAUGAUUUAAAUAAAAAUUAAUAUUGAUUUUUAAUUUUUUAAUGUAUAAAUAUAUAUACAUACAUAAUUUAUCUAAACAUUAUAUUGCUAUGAGUAACUUUUACAAAAGUAAGUGAAAUAAUGUGAUUA